GGACCUACUUUUUGUGGGGCACCAAAAGAAAGCCUAGUUUUUUUCUGUAGGAGAGGGGCCGUUUUCGAUUCGGGCUAACGAAGAAUCUUCAAAAAAACAGAACCUUCAUCUUUACAUUAAAACCAUACAAAUCCAUAAAAGGGGCGCCCUCAAAAACCACCUUCUUGCGCCAAAACACUCUCUCAACUUGAAAUGGCUUCUGAUUCCAGAUGUUACAGAUGUAUUUUUUGGUUAUCCUUGAUAACGGGCUAUUGGUAUUCCGUUUUGAGUUCCGCGGCGAGUAGAAUUCCGAGGGGUGUCUCAGUGAGAGACGGAGGAGAAACCGUAAUUUCGGCGGAAGAGAAAUUCGAGUUGGGAUUCUUCAGCCCUCAAGGUUCAGGCUUUCGAUAUGUGGGGAUAUGGUACUAUGGAAUCGCAGUUCGAACAGUUGUGUGGGUGGCCAACAGAGACACGCCGAUAUCGGGGAAUGACGGAGUUCUAACCAUGGGAGACGACGGCAAUUUGAAGAUUACACAAGGCGACGGCGAGAUUGUGUGGUCCAGCAAUGUAACAGUUGCAUCCACCAAUUCGACGGCGGUUCUUAUGGACACCGGAAAUCUCGCAAUUCUCCAAAACGGGAACUCAAAGAGGGUGCUCUGGCAGAGUUUCGAUCAUCCCACGGAUACGUACUUGCCCGACAUGGAGGUCCACAUGGAUGCCAAGGGUGGAGAGAGGCGCGUCUUCACUUCGUGGAGAAGCGCCGUUGAUCCUUCACCGGGGAACUACACGAUGGGCGUGGAUCCUCGUGGAUCGCCGCAGAUAGUGAUAUGGGAAGGGCCGAAUCGACGGUGGAGAAGUGGGCAUUUUAACGGAAUUUCAUUCAUCGGCGUCACAGACGUGAAGACAAUCUAUCUGUCCGGAUUUAGGCUGUCGAAUCUGGGCGGUGGCAGGCUGUACUUCACGUACACGCCGCCUGAUGAAUCUUUUGUUAAAUUCCAGAUAAACUGGGAGGGCGUUGAGAGGCAGGAGACGUGGAACGAUGAACGAAGAGAGUGGGGGCUCGUGCAAGCGCAUCCUGUUGAUGACUGCGACAACUAUAACCGCUGUGGUCCGUUUGGGAAGUGUGAUCGGACGGAUGGAAUGAGGUGCCGUUGUUUGGAAGGCUUUGUGAUCAAGGAUGGUGAUCAAUGGUGCACCAGGAGGACUGGAUUGCAGUGUGGGGUUAAUGGGGGAAACGAUGGUUUUUGGGAGGUUGAGAAUGUUAAGCUGCCUGACUUUGUGGAUUACGUAGGAUUAGAAAACGCGAAAGAGUGCCAACGGCUGUGCCUCAACAACUGUUCCUGCACUGCGUUUGCUUUUGUUACUGGAAUCAACUGCAUGAUAUGGACCCAAGACUUGCUUGAUGUUGAACAGUUUAUCGAGGGUGGCAACACUUUGUUCCUUCGCCUCGCAGCCUCGGAAUUGGGUGGCAAGAAGCAUGUAGCAAGAACUAUCAUCAUAACAACUGCUGUUGUUGGGACAUUCCUCCUAUUUCUCUCGGGUUGGCUUCUCUUGCAGCAAAAAAGAAAAAACCGUGUGGUCUCAGACAGAAACGAAAUGCCCAAAGCUGGUCUCAGCAGGGAAUAUUCCAUAGAUUAUUCUGGACCAAGUGAGCUUGGAGUGGAAGGGCAGCAAGCAAAUGGAACUGAACUAGCAAUGUUCAGCUUCAACUCCUUGGUAGCGGCUACGGACAACUUUUCCAGCAAGAAUAAACUUGGACAAGGAGGAUUUGGUCAUGUAUACAAGGGUGUACUAGCGGAUGGGCAGGAAAUAGCAGUGAAGAGGCUCUCAAGGAAAUCUGGUCAGGGAAUACAGGAGUUCAAGAAUGAAAUAAUGCUAAUUGCUAAACUACAGCACAGGAAUCUUGUUAGACUCUUGGGCUGCUGCAUUCAGGGAGAAGAAAACAUUCUACUUUAUGAGUAUAUGCCCAACAAAAGCCUCGAUUCGUAUCUUUUUGAUCCUGAUAAGAAGCCUCAGCUAGACUGGAAUAAGCGAUUUAGCAUUAUCAAAGGCAUUGCGAGAGGGCUUCUGUAUCUGCACCGUGACUCAAGGCUGAGGAUAAUACACAGGGACCUAAAAGUUAGCAACAUCUUGUUGGAUGAAGAGAUGAACCCAAAGAUCUCAGAUUUUGGCAUGGCAAGAAUAUUUGGUGGGAACCAAAAUGAAGCGAACACAAACACGGUGGUUGGCACAUACGGUUAUAUGGCGCCUGAAUAUGCUAUGGAAGGCUUGUUUUCCCUUAAGUCGGAUGUUUAUAGCUUUGGCGUGCUGCUCUUGGAGAUCAUAACUGGCCAAAGAAACGCAAGCUUUCGCUCAACAGACUUCUCAAAUAUGAUUGCAUAUGCAUGGGAUCUUUGGGACAAAGGGAGAGCAAUCGAGCUGCUCGAUGCUUCAAUCCCAGAAUCGAGUUUACAAGAACAAGUGCUGAGAUGCAUUCAUGUGGGGAUGCUGUGUGUGCAAGACGUUGCUGCCCACAGGCCAAACAUGCCGGCUGUUUUGCUGAUGCUGGAGAGCGAGAACGUGGCGUUGCCUAUGCCGAGACAACCUACUUUUACAUCAAUGAGAUAUAAUCUAGAUGAGGAUAUAUGGAAUGUAAAUCAAGAUGCUGUAUCCUCAAACAAUGUCACCAUCAGUGUGAUUCUUGGUAGAUAAUUCUUUCAUUCUUGCCCUUUCUUAUUUUUUAUGUUAAUAUGAGCUUUUGCGCAAA